AAAGCUGGAAAUCGUCGGAAGUCAACAAUGCCAGCAAUUCAGCAAGAAGCUAGGAAGCACGAGCUUACGAAAAGGGAGAAAGCUCUUUGGUCGAGGGAAUACCACUUUUAGAUAUCACUUCCACUCCAAGGAAACCAAGUCAAGGUCAACUUUACCUGCUCCCCAUCCAUCGAAGCUCGAACUUCUUGUUUCAACAACGGCAACACCGAAUCUUCAUCGUCUUGCCAACUUAUCAAGCUUAACAAGAAACAACACGCUCCCUCGGAAUGCCGUUUGUCGACGAGCCUCUACCUCCUCCCGGCAAGCACCAUGCUUUGUUAUUUCCGGAGGACUUAAUUUCCUCCCUCCUCGAAUGGACUCCCGAGAUCUUGCUGGAUGAGCACCAUUACGAUGAGGAUAUCCGUGAGCUUCCACACUUCCCGCUGCUUCAAUCCGCCGAAGCUUGGAAGGCGGCGUACAAGCCCGCCAUUCGAGUCGAGCUUCAUAGCGGACUCUGUCAAGCCAUUCAGAGACCUGACAAGCUUACCCGUCCCAUGUGGGCUACCGACAUCGAGGACGCCACCAUCAGAUCCACCAUCAAAACUCUGGGAGACCGAGCCGUAGUCCUCAAAUUCGAGUUCAAGAAAGAUCCUCAUCUUCGAUCGCAAGACUUCGUCUACGUCUCUCCCUCGGCCAAACCUUGGGAGGAGACUGCGGUCAUGUGCGCGGCCGGCAUCGUCCACACCCAAACGAAGUACGAGGACAUGACGGAUAGGUAUGGUCCUGGCAACCACAAUUCCUCCUUCAAAGAACGUUGGGAGGUCUUAGUCGAGGUCUCGCGCGGCUACGCCGAUGUCCUUGAGAUGCUUGGCGCGGGCGGACAGCUCAAGAUCAUCCUGGUCUCUUCGAUCGCGUCUGGGUACCGAAUCUUCAAAGCCCUCUGCGAUCCGGAGCACUCCGAGCUGUUGAUGCAGCACGUCCUUCGUCCCGGUCCAGUCGAAAACACCGCUUCUCUCGACAUCUCCCCCCAGCAUGCGGAUGUCAUUGAGUACUUGGCAGCCAAUAACAAGGCACUCAACCACUCCCAAAAGCUGGCGGUACACGCAGCAUUGCGUCCACUCAUCGUCGACUGCAAGCAUCCCAUUCUUAUCCAUGGUCCCCCGGGUACAGGGAAAACCCACACGCUCUCGACCAUGAUUCUUGCGAUCAGCAUGUCGUAUCCCGGACAAACUAUUCACGUCUGUGCUCCUAGUAACGCAGCUGUCAGAGAAGUGGCAAUUCGGCUUCUACGCGAUUCGAAGAAGACGCGCUUGCUGCACCCGUCUCAGCUUUGUCUGUACGGAAACGAGGAUAGUGUGGACACUGCCGACGACAUCGAUUUGAUCUUUUACGAGAUGAGGUACCGUCGCCUUCGCAAUUUCGACAUCAAACUUGCGGAAUUCAAGCAGAAUAUGGACGGGUUUCACGUCUACAGGAGCGACGGAACCGAUCACAAGCCUUCCAUCACCGAAACAUGGUCAUGGCGGAUCGAGACUGUGGCCCAAGGUUGCGUCUUGAUGCUGACAAUCGUGACCGAUCUGACCGAAACUUAUGUCAGCUGUCGCGAACAAGCCGAGCAAUGCUUGUCAUUGCUGAAACAAUGGCGCGAUGCCGUCGAGGUCGAUACCAAGUCGCUGGCGGAUCUUCAAGGAAACUUGAUCGCUCAGGUCCAGGAACUCUUGCCGCAAGUCCGGCUUCGGAAACCUCUCCGAUCGGAGGAUCUUGAUGCCGUGCUCAGCAACGCCGCUAAAGUGGUCUUCUCUACUGUCAAUUCAGCCGGAGGCAGAGCGCUUAAAUCGUCGUUCAAGAAACGCCCGCUCAUCAUACUCGACGAAGCUACCCAAACUGUCGAGCCGGAAAUGGCGAUAUUGCUUCGUCGCAACAUCCGCGGUCUAGUCGCUAUCGGGGACCCCCAGCAAUUACCGUCCGUCAUCUCAAACCAAGAUCUACGCAUCAAGGGAUUCGCAACCUCUAUGUUUGAGCGUCUCCUAAGAGCUGGCAGCACACAUACGUUGCUCGAUGUUCAGUACCGCAUGGAUCCGAUGAUCUCGAUGUGGCCCUCGGACGCUUUCUACGACUCUCGGAUCGUAAACGGAGACAACGUCCGAUCUGAUAGCCGCUCUCCAACUUGGCAGAAGACCUCAGAGCUCAUAACUGCGCCUUACACAUUUCUUAACAUACCCGGAGUAGAGGAACGCAACGACGACACGCGAAGCUAUAAGAACGUUGUCGAGGCAGAUAUCAUUGUCGGCUUUUUGAAGGGCCUCAUGGCCAAAUUCAAGGAAGCCGCAUACAAUGGCGUUAUCGAAAUCGGCUGCGUUACGGGAUACACGGAACAGGUACAACUGUUGAAUCGAAAGAUAUCCAGCGCCAUGCCGUCAGCCAAGUUUUGGGAAACUACGUCUCGGAUCAAUCGGAUCGAGAUCUCCUGCCCCCCUGAUUGCGCUGUCAUUGUAGACAUUGCAUCGGUAGAUGCGUUUCAGGGCCAGGAACGUGAUAUUAUGCUGUUCGCAACAACCCGAGCGAAUCCGCAGAAAAACAUCGGUUUUCUCAGCGACCCCAGGCGAUUGAACGUCGCGCUAACGAGAGCGCGCUAUGUACUCAAAGUAUUCGGCAACGCUUCUACGCUGUCCUCGUCCCCCACAUGGGCUGCUCUCAUCAAGAACGCUCGAGAGCGCGGCUUUUACCAAGAAGCUUCAAGUAACCUGGUAGACCUACACAUCGGGUCCAAGAAAAUUGUGGCUGCGAAAAGGGACGAGAGAGUCGCCGUACUCCAGGCUAAGCCCUCUUACCAGCCGGUACGGGUGGCCGAUGGGAUCGACAAACUUGCGGAUGUGAAUCUAGAUCUGGGAGCCGACUCGGCCUGGCGGGCAGUCUUCACCAAGGCGUGUAAACAGCAAACGCAAGAUUUGGACAAGGGAGCAGUCAACAAUCUAGUCCAGUGCUUCAACGUUUUCCUCAAGGGAUACUCUAGACGUGCAGCCAAAUUUGGUUAUGAUAUCAGGGGUCGGCCUGCGUUCGUCAAGCGCGUGCCAAUCCACGAUCGCACGCUGCUGUGGAGCGUCAAAGCUUUGGCCAGCUCCAAACCGGUUGUCUCCACCGAGAACAAAUACAUCUACGUCCAAACUGUUUGGAUCUGGGCAUUUCCCUUAACUAGCGCACUGAACGAUACGAUGCGAUGCAUUGCCAACGCCUGUAAGGCCUUUACGGACGAGUAUCUGGAUCUCUGUGCGGCUGAAAAUUGGGUCGAUGGGAAGGCGUUGCCCUUGACGUUUGCCCGCGACGAGCGCAUCGUCGAGAGGACACGCUGUGACGCUCAAGCUCCAGGGAAGCUCCCAACGGAGAUCAACGAAUUAGAUCUUGCGAAAGCUUACGAGUUCACACCCCGUGUUCACAAGGCUUUAGUCAAAGGCUUCUUGUCCCGCAUGGAGCUCCCUUUCGUGCUAUCUUCGGAGGAAACGGCCCUGGUGCACGACUCUUCAAGCACUUUUGUUAUAGGUCGCUCGGGGACGGGCAAAACCACCGUCAUGGUCUUGAAGAUGUUCGUAAAAGCAGAAAGUACAGAAGGGAAGCGAUGUCCGCAGAUGCUUUUGACCGCGAGUCCGAAACUCUGUCUAGCAAUCAAAGAGCACUUCGUCAGACUGCGACAAAGCUGGGAGACGUGCCCAGAAUCUUCACAACGAGUCACACUUACCGAUGACGCUAAUGACGAUGUGUUCGCGGAUUCGGAAGAUGUGCCGAUGUUCCAGGAGCUAAAGGACCAGGAUUUCCCUCUUUUCUGGACCUUCGGGUACCUGCUUCGAGUCCUGGAUCAGUCUAUUCCUGGACAUAGAUUCUGGGGCUUCAAGAGAAUUGAGUCAGGAUUCGGUAAUCCCGCCGAAGUGGAUUGGGAGCGUUUCCAAACGCACUACAUGCAUCGCAUGCCGCUGCUGGCCCAAAAGAAAUUCGUUGGAGGAUCCGUACUUUUCGGCGAGUUCCAAACGGUGAUUAAAGGUUCCUUGGAAGCCGUGGAAAAGGCAAGAUCCCUGUCAAGGCCGCAGUACCUCGAGACACACAAUCGUCGCGACAACAUGUUGAGCCAAGCAGACAUGAAUUUAGUCUACGACUGCUUUGAGGUUUACAAAUCAGCAACUCAGAACGACAAUGAGUGGGACUCCACUGACGCGGUCAUUAAUCUCUACUCUCGCUGCCGAGACCAUCCAGAGGUAUGCCAAACGUUUGAAUUGGAAACCCUCGCUAUAGAAGAGGUUCAGGACCUGAACACGGCUUCCUUGGCAUUGCUCAAAUAUCUUUUGAAUGGCCCAGGCGCUUCCGAAAUCAUCCACUAUGCCGGUGAUGCAGCCCAAGUGAUUAAUUCAGCGGCGAACUUUCGGUUUGCGGACCUCAAAAGUCUAUACUUUACGAACUACCUGCCGCACCUGGCUCUGUCGGAUCCAAUGGUCGCACGGAAGCUUCUACAGACUGGCGGAGCCGGAGAGCUGGUUCCCAAGCUGAAACCGCUCACCAUGAAUUAUCGCUCGGUCGAACCCAUUGUUGCGCUGGGAAAUGCUGUCUUGCAGUCUAUCACCAAGUUCUUCCCGUCCAGCAUCGAUCGGCUUGCGCCAGAUCGUGGCCUAGCAGGUGGCGGUUUGCCUGUAUUUCUCGAAAACAUGAGCGUUGAGGCAUUCUUAGCGCGCGUGGUAGGAGCCGUGGAGGAUGUGAACGUAGAGAAUAUCGAGUUCGGGGCGGAUCAAGCCAUAAUAGUUCGAAACGCGGCCGCUAAGAAGUGCGUCAAGGCGUCAAUCGGACCGAGCGCAAUCGUCCUAGAUAUUAAAGAGUGCAAAGGGCUUGAAUUCGAGGAUGUAAUUUUGUACAACUUUUUCGCUGACUCGCCUUUCCAGCGAUGGCGAAUAUUGUUUUCGCAAGAGGGACAUGAAACAGGAUUCGAUCGCAUGGGCGACCAGGCGCUGCUCUUUGAGCUGAAGCAACUAUAUGUGGCCGUGACUAGAGCGCGCUCGAACUUAUGGAUCUAUGAUCAGAGCGAAAGGGGAGAGGUCGUUCGGCUCGGUCUACAGGAGCAGCAGCUGGUUACCACCCUCGGUCCAGCUGCCAACGGUGAAGUGUCAAUUCCACUUGCCAAGAGAUCGACCCCGCAAGAGUGGCUCGAAGCUGGGCUCCGCUUCAUGACCGCCGAAGACUACGAGCGCUCAGUUGCCUGCUUUGUCAAAGCCGGAAACGUGGAGAAAGAGCAGGAGGCGCGGGCAUAUUUGCAUAUAGGGGAAGCAUUGCGCUUGGAAGGUCUUAGCAAGCCUUCAGACAAGAAGAAAGCGUCGCGUGAGCGAGAAAGCGCGGCGAAGCUCUUCGCGAUCUUAAGGAUGUUUCGCCGUGCUGCAACACAGUACCAAACGGCUGCCCUGCAUCUAUCUAGCACACAAUUGUUUCUCACAGCCGCAGAUUGCUGGGAAUCCUGCGGCAAAUCGACGGGCACAAGCAGAGCUUUGUUGUAUUGCUUGAAUGCAGCAGGAUCGCCCGCAUACUCCAGGCUACUUUCUACUCUAGAGCUCGACUGGAUUGUUCGCGAUGAAGAAUACAAGCGGAUCUUCGAAGACUUCGCCUACAAAUAUGGAGAAGAAGCGAGCGACCGCCACGUCACCAGACUUGCAAGUCUUUUCCAGACUUUCGAUGAGAGAGUAUCGUUUCUAGAGGACUUGGGUCGGAAGUCCUUGGUCGAAGAAUUACUCAAAGUGGACAAAGCAUGGGAGCGGCUGGCCGCGAUCCACGAGGAACGUCUCGAGCUCGACAAGGCUAUGGAAUUUUGGAAGUCUGCUGGAAGAGAUGACGUUCUCCGCGACUGGGAACUCGUUCAAGAGAACGCUAGGCUUUGGAGAGCGCGACAUCUUCUGACUCGAGAAACAACCCUCAUUCAAACCGCCAAACACGUUGGAGAAGAUGGACUUAACGCGGCCAGCCAGCCCUACUUCGAGUUAUGCGAUUUUUCGAGAUGUCUUCAGAGUCAGCAUCACCUCCUGAGCGUUCGCAAAGUGGAACCGAGUGCGGCCUCUGCUCGCGCUCUCCUCUCCCUGAUUCAGCAGUGGCACCGAAGAUUCGACGACUGGAGUGAAUACGCAUCACAUCUCUGUAGUGGUAGCGUCCCCACUCCCGACCACAUGAAGGCAUUAGGGAUUUAUCCAGCUCGAUUCGGCACAGCCAUACAUUUGGUGCCGCAAUGUCAACAGAAAAAAUGGCGUGCCCUCGACACUUCGCCCUGCGUCGAAGGGACCAUGCAUCGUCUCCCGAUGACCACAGCUCAGCUGACACCAAUGCUAGGCGCCUUCUGCAAACGCGUUAUUAAAGAGGCCGAGCGGAAAGCCUACGAGAUUUUGGCCUUCUUGGCCAGGUUCUGCAACUCCCUCCCCGCCACCGAAGGGCACUUUGAUUUGCUGGUCGAGAUAGCCACCACUUUUGGAAUCCAUAUGAUGAGACAUUGCAAGCCGGACGGACCUUCCACAGACAAGUUCAUCAAGAACAUGGAUGACAUAGUCUUUCCCCUCGAUCCCGCUUCCCCUCGCGCAUGUCACGCAUCCUCAUGGUUAUCACGACAAACAAGUCAGGACUUCUUGCGUAGAGUGAUCGUGUACCGCCAAGGGAUCGAGUAUGCCGCUCGCCCGGAUCUUGCCGUCAUUGCGCUCAAAUGGACAUGCCGAGAACGCUCGCUCGAGCAUCUGGAUCCAAAUCACAUCCUCAUGACCAACUUGAUGGAGGCUGUUCGAUGGAGCGUUUGCGAACCGGACGAUAACAUACGUCCCAUGGCAGAAGCGGCCGUGUGUUUGUCGAGAUUCUUCCACAACAGUCUGCCUUCGCUGGUUCGCUCUCUUCCGCAGCCGGGUAGACCUGAAGGUAUAAGGUCGCGAUCGACUGCGCAGAACGCACUUUCGGCCAAGUCCCAGCUGUUUGUUUUCGACAAACUGUUUUUCAUCAGUAUAGCGUUAACAGAUCGCUUUUAUGAAACGGUGAUGCCUGCAAGGCUCGUCACGGCCGAAAUCAUCCAAGGCGGGCAUAGUUCUGGGAUCGCAGCACUGCUCAAACGUCAAGUCGGGAGCUCCUGUUACGCGGACGCGACCAACUAUUGGAAGAUUGAUCCCUUCAGCAAAAUUCGUUGGGACCUACAAGGAUUCCUACUCCGACACCUUCAAGACCACCGGCAUUUGGCCUGCAUCACCGAAACGAUUGAUCCGAAAGACCGAGUCGCUUAUGUGAAACGCCUGAUCGUACUGGCAAUCUGCUGUUGCUGCUCGCAAAACUUCUCUGGCCAGGACGGCCAACUCGCACAGACGGAUCUUUUUUCACUUCGAGCUCUACCACGUCUAUGUGACAGCUUCGAAUGGAGGGCUCUCCGGCCAAUUCUUAGCUCUUUGACUGGCGCCGAGGAACGAAUCGGACCGUUCAUCGAUAGAUUGGUGAAGGUUGCGGCCGCAUUCGGAGACCCUUUGCAGGUUGUUAUAGAUCCCAUCAAGUGGAUGAAAAAACACGUGACUGGAUCCUGGCUUCGGUCCGCCAUCCCGAAGAUAUUCGUACGAGCUGUCGAAGGGAAGCUGGAGACUUCGACCACCCAGCAGUUCCUCAACAGUGCGGUUCAGACCAACCCUACAAACCAGAAGUCUGCGGAAGUGGAAGGCGAUGAGGUGGAAGUCACGGACGAAGCAGAAGGGCAGGACACGUUUCAAGCAUCGACACGCAAAUUGGACGACAUCGAGGCGGAAGUUCGUAAUGCUCAGCAAAACCCCAUCGUGCUUCGAUAUCUCCGUCGGUGGAUCCAGCAAUACUCAGUCUUCCAGAAAGUCACAAAUCGCUUGACUGGUGCGGAUCGCAAGGUUUUCCGUCAACUGAACGGGAUGAAGCUGCGUCCGACCCAACGAUUCGCUCUGUUCAGCGAAGCGUGCCGAGCUCUUUCGCACGUGAGCGAAUCAUGCUACGAGGAUGCGCGGGUGGUCUUGCUGUGGUUCAAGGCGGAUCGAGCUUUCCAGAAGUCUAUCGUCGAGAGCCACAACAAAGGUAGUCCGGCGAAAUGGCUCAAGGACUUCCGUGCCGCUCUCAAAGUCAUCGAGACCUUGAUGGACGACUUGCGGGCCCUUUUGGUUGUCCAGGGCGAGGCCGGACUCGACGCUCUCGAGAUCAUUGUUCGCUCUGACAAGCUCGUCGGGGCUGUCAAGGCUUUCGAGCAGGAGAACAAGCGCAUCAUCGAUGCAUGUUACAAGAAGAAGGGCAUCGUGAGGGAGGAGCAGUGAUGAGAUGGCAGAACGCACGGAAACGAGGGAAGUCGUCGCUCGGAAGGAUAUAGGACACGGGGCAUGACUGAUUCAGAUACUCAAUCCGCUAACCAUGUACGCGGACCUAUGCUAAAGAUUCUGUUGUAUUACUACUACGAAUGCGUCCCUUCGAGGCCACUAUACGGAAUACCAUCUUUAUGCUUG